GCCCGCGGCGCAUGCGCAGGGUCAGCAGCCGGCAGAACCCGAUCUCGACUAGGUACCGCGAUAUCUCCUCCUUCCAGCAGACCUUCCUUGAGGGCCGCUUCCGGGAGACUAACGACCGGUUCCGGAGUGGCCGGUGUCCGCUUUCUCCUUCUUACUUCUCCGUUCCGAGUACCCUGAACCCCAUUUCCAGGCUGGUGGCCUAAGGUGGAACCUCCCCGCCCCCACUCCGUUACGGAGAGCGCGCGCUGCGCCCGAGAGCCAAUCAGUCACCGCCUGAGGCCACCAUGUCGGAAUCUGGUCACAGUCAGCCAGGACUCUACGGCAUAGAGCGGCGACGGCGGUGGAAGGAGCCGGGCCCUGGCGGCCCCCAGAACCUCUCCGGACCCGGUGGUCGGGAGAGAGACUACAUUGCACCGUGGGAGAGAGAGCGGCGGGAUGGCAGCGAAGAGACAAGCGCGUCAGCGGUCAUGCAGAAGACCCCCAUCAUCCUCUCAAAGCCUCCAGCGGAGCGGUCGAAGCAGCCUGCGGCCCCGGCAGCCCCAGUUGCCCCGCCGGCUCCGGCCCCUCUGGAGAAGCCCAUCGUCCUCAUGAAGCCCCGGGAGGAGGCCAAGGGGCCUGCAGCCGUGUCCCCUGCUUCAACCCCUGAGGGCACUGCCCCACCGCCCCCGGCAGCCCCAGCGCCACCCAAGGGAGAGAAGGAAGGGCAGAGACCGACACAGCCUGUGUACCAGAUCCAGAACCGGGGCAUGGGCACCGCGGCCCCCGCAGCCAUGGACCCCGUCGUGGGCCAGGCCAAGCUGCUACCCCCAGAACGCAUGAAGCACAGCAUCAAGCUGGUGGACGAUCAGAUGAACUGGUGCGACAGUGCCAUCGAGUACUUGUUGGACCAGACUGAUGUGUUGGUGGUCGGCGUCCUGGGCCUCCAGGGGACAGGCAAGUCCAUGGUCAUGUCGCUGUUGUCAGCCAACACUCCCGAGGAGGACCAGAGGGCGUACGUUUUCCGGGCCCAGAGCGCCGAGAUGAAGGAGCGGGGCGGCAACCAGACAAGCGGCAUCGACUUCUUCAUCACGCAGGAGCGGAUCGUCUUCCUGGAUACGCAGCCCAUCCUGAGCCCGUCCAUCCUGGACCAUCUCAUCAACAAUGACCGCAAGCUGCCCCCAGAGUACAACCUGCCGCACACCUAUGUGGAGAUGCAGUCCCUGCAGAUUGCUGCCUUCCUCUUUACUGUGUGCCAUGUGGUGAUCGUCGUGCAGGACUGGUUCACAGACCUCAGUCUGUACAGGUUCCUGCAGACGGCUGAGAUGGUGAAGCCCUCCACCCCGUCCCCCAGCCACGAGCCGAGCAGCUCAUCCGGCUCCGACGAAGGCACCGAGUACUACCCGCACCUGGUCUUUCUGCAGAACAAGGCUCGCCGAGAAGACUUCUGUCCCCGCAGGCUGAGGCAAAUGCACCUCAUGAUUGACCAGCUCAUGGCUCACUCCCACCUGCGCUACAAGGGCACCCUGUCCAUGCUGCAGUGUGACAUCUUUCCGGGGCUGCCGCCCGACUUUCUGGACUCAGAGGUCAACCUGUUCCUGGUGCCCUUCAUGGACAAUGAGACGGAGAGUGAAAACCCACCUAGAGCAGGCCCUGGCUCCAGCCCACUCUUCUCCCUGCUGCCUGGGUACCGCGGACACCCGAGUUUCCAGUCGUUGGUGAGCAAGCUCCGCAGCCAGGUGAUGUCCAUGGCCCGGCCGCAGCUCUCGCACACCAUCCUCACCGAGAAGAAUUGGUUCCACUACGCCGCCCGGAUCUGGGAUGGGGUGAAAAAGUCCUCAGCCCUGGCGGAGUACAGUCGCCUGCUGGCCUGAGGCUGGGCGCAGUGGCGUGCAGGGCGCCGAUCGGGUCCCCAGUGGAUGGUGAGGGAGCGCAGAGUCCUUCCCCGUGCGUGGGCAGGAGCACGGCCGCCGGCCUGACAGACGAGGACACGGACCAGGCAGGCCCCCGGGGCCCAGCCCUCGCUCUCGGGGAGCAUUGUCCAGGGCGUGACACUGAGAGCUCAGACUAGGGCAGCACCUUCGGGGUCCCCAACCAGGCCCAGCUGGGGAGGCAUCUGGAUGGUCCCCAGCAGCCCAGCUUCAGCUUGACCUCUGUC